AAUUCAAUGCUGUCAUUUUAUUUUUAUUUUGUGCUUGGUGGUUUAUCGAAAGAAAUGUAAAUUUUAUUCUUGUUUUGAGAAAAAGAUAAAGUAAAUUAACGAUUCGCGAUCCAGUAUUUUCGUUAAAGGCAUCAACAUGUCGUCUAUUACAGGAUCUUCAUGGGAAGAGAUGCGGAAGCAAGCUCGAAUGCUGGAAAAUGACAUAGACGUGAAGCUUGUAGCGUUUAGCAAAUUGGGAAUGAGCAGUGGCUCAUCAGGCCUGAGCUCGGAGAGUGCACCACUUAUCAGUAGUGAAGAUAUGUUCGAUACUAUGUCUAUGGAGUUACAACAGUUGCUGAAUAAGCUUUCAUCAAUAAAUGACAAAAUGGCAGAAAUGGCACCUGGAGGUGCUGCCACUAUGCACACAAUAAAGAGACAUAGAGAAAUUCUAAUGGACUAUCAACAAGAGUUCUCCAAGACCUCCGCUCGUGUGUCGGCGCGGCGCUCGCGCGAGGAGCUGCUCCGCGGCAGCAGCCCGCCGCCCGGCGCCGCCUCCGGCCUCAACCGCCGCGACCAGUACGCCAAGGAGGCCAACCACUUGCACAGCUCGCACAUUCUCGUGGACGAGCAGAUCAAUAUAGCCAUGGAGGCGCGCGAGCACCUCACGUCGCAGCGGCAGACCUUCAAGCGCAUGCAGACGAGGUUCAACGACAUCACUAACAGAUUCCCGAUGCUGAAUAGCCUGAUGUUCCGAAUAAACGCCCGCAAACGGCGCGACUCGCUGAUCGUCGGCAUAGUGGUGGCAGUUUGUACUUUCUUGCUCCUUCUAUACGCCUUCCACUAGAUGUGAAGUAGGUUUACACUGGUCAGUUGCGACAAGAGGUCCUUUUAUAAAGGAGAAUUUUGAAUGUUGGAUUUUAAACUUCAUUUUAAGGGUCCGUACGUCAAUAGUAAAUGGCACUCUCAAAACCCUUUUUC